UUUGCUUUAGUCUUAUUUAAUUUUAUAUUGUGAGCAUUUUCCUGGCCAAUAAAAAGUCAUGAGAACCCCUUUGAAGGCUGGGUGAAAGUCUUUAGUACCGAGUUUUGUGGGCACCAUACCUUGUAUCAGAAAGCCUGUGAAGUCACUGUUUCUUGGGAGGGAGCAGGCUUGCUGCUGUCCCCGAAGGCUUUCCAGAGUGGCUUCAGCCUGCCCCUCGCUCUCUCACUUUCACAGGAUUGCUUAACAGAUGGGAUCUGCCCAGUGCAAAGGUAAAUGUCCUCUCAGUCUGUUUCCCAAUCCCUUGUUUGAGGGAAAUCAGAACUUCAGGGUUACACAUGUAUGGACUCAUAGAAACAGAUCCUCAAAAAUCAAAUAUGAAUUUUACCCUUAAAAGAAAGACAUUUUCUCUGCCCAGGAACAAAAAGGGUUAGAACAUGGAAGAACCAUUCUUUCUCUACCUCAGGAGUGGUUUUGCUCUGGUUUUCCACAGAUCUCCUGUUCCUGCCUGUAGAAUUUGACAUGGUUUUAUUUACUUUUCCUUGGCCCAGUUUGGGUCAACAGGAUUUCUUUCUUGCUCAGAACAGCCUCACACUUGUGCAAAGUAGCACGUGAGCCUGGGACCAGGACAGCAGUAAUCAAUCCUUGUCCCAGCUAUGCAUUAGGGAUUUUCAGCUCGAGAUGGUCCGACAGCACCAGGGUUUACGUGGCACGUGGCAGUUCCACAUGCACCGAACGAUUUCUUCUUGGUUUUUGCCUUUUCUAAUAAGUGACCGUGACCCUCAGUGCAACCUCCACUGCUCCAGGACUCAACCCAAACCCAUCUGUGCCUCGGAUGGCAGGUCCUACGAGUCCAUGUGUGAGUUCCAGCGAGCCAAGUGCCGAGACCUGACCCUGGGCGUGGUACACAGAGGUAGAUGCAAAGAUGCUGGCCAGAGCAAGUGUCGCCUGGAGCGGGCUCAAGCCCUGGAGCAAGCCAAGAAGCCUCAGGAGGCAGUGUUUGUCCCAGAGUGCAGUGAGGAUGGCUCCUUUACCCAGGUGCAGUGCCAUACUUACACGGGGUACUGCUGGUGUGUCACCCCAGAUGGGAAGCCCAUCAGUGGCUCUUCCGUGCAGAAUAAAACUCCUGUAUGUUCAGGUUCAGUCACCGACAAGCCCGUGAGCCAGGGUAACUCAGGAAGGAAAGUCUCUUUUCGAUUCUUUUUAACCCUCAAUUCAGAUGACGGGUCUAAGCCGACACCCACGAUGGAGACUCAGCCGGUGUUCGACGGAGACGAAAUUACAGCUCCUACUCUAUGGAUUAAGCACUUGGUAAUCAAGGACUCCAAGCUGAACAACACCAACAUAAGAAAUUCAGAGAAAGCCCACUCGUGUGACCAGGAGAGACAGAGUGCCCUGGAAGAGGCCCGGCAGAAUCCCCGAGAGGGCAUCGUCAUCCCCGAGUGUGCCCCCGGGGGGCUCUACAAGCCAGUGCAGUGCCACCAGUCCACUGGCUACUGCUGGUGUGUGCUGGUGGACACGGGGCGCCCACUGCCCGGGACCUCCACUCGCUACGUGAUGCCCAGUUGUGAGAGCGACGCCAGGGCCAAGAGUACAGAGGCCGAUGACCCCUUCAAGGACAGGGAGCUACCAGGCUGUCCGGAAGGGAAGAAAAUGGAAUUUAUCACCAGCCUGCUGGACGCGCUCACCACCGACAUGGUUCAGGCCAUUAACUCGGCAGCGCCCACUGGAGGUGGGAGGUUCUCAGAGCCAGACCCCAGCCACACCCUGGAGGAGCGCGUGGUGCACUGGUACUUCAGCCAGCUGGACAGCAACAGCAGUAAUGACAUUAACAAGCGGGAGAUGAAGCCCUUCAAGCGCUACGUGAAGAAGAAAGCCAAGCCCAAGAAAUGCGCCCGGCGUUUCACCGACUACUGUGACCUGAACAAAGACAAGGUCAUUUCACUGCCCGAGCUGAAGGGCUGCCUGGGUGUUAGCAAAGAAGGGCGCCUCGUCUAAGGAGCAGAGGAUCCAAGGGCAGGCGGAGAGUCCAUGGGAACAGGACGGACCGCCAGACACCUAACCUUCAGCGCCGCCCACGGCCCAGACACGUCCCGUGUAACAUAAGUGGUGCCCACCAUGUUUGCACUUUUAAUGACUCUUACUUGCGCGUUUUGUUUUUGGUUUCAUUUUUAAACACCAGUAUCUAAUACCACAGUGGGAAAAGGAAAGGGAAGAAAGACUGGUUAUUCUUUCUCUUAUUGUAAGUUUUUGAUCUGCUACUGACAACGUUUAGGUUUUUUUGGGGGGGGGACAGGGAGGGAGUCGUUGGGGCUGAGAAGAAAGAGAUUUAUAUACUGUAUAUAAAUAUAUUUGUAAAUUGUAUAGUUCUUUUGUACAGGCGUUGGCAUUGCUGUCUGUUUAUUCCUCCCCUCUCCCUGCUGUGGGCUGUGGGCACUCUGGACACAGGGUCCAGCUUUCUAGAACCCAGGGCUCUAUCCCCAGCCUACUUGGAUUCUGUUUGGAGACUGACACCCAUGUGUAUAUAGAGGGGAGCCCUGCGGUCGUAUUGCGGACCCCAUCGGUUCCUUUGAGGUGGGGAGGAGUGUGCCACCUCAUGCCAUUUGUUGUCAAAGUUGACAAGUCACUUGGCCUCGUCCAGGGAGACUGGUUUGGGAGAGGCGAGGAGUCCAGGUCUGUGAGUAGCCAGCACAGGCACCAGCCUGGCUUGGCCCGAGUGUUCCUGCUGUCCUGACCCCUGGGGGCCCAGCCCUGCCUGUGCACCAGUAUCUUAGUGACCUCCCGGGCAGAUUAUCUACAAGGGGUCUGCUUAGGUCAGUUUAAACAUUCCCAUCCAUGUUUAGCAUCUAUAUUGUAUAAAGAAUGAGGGGGAGGCAAAGAGAAAGAAGACACACAGCAGGGCUUUGUUGUCGUUGUUGUUAAGUAGAUGUUUAAUAUCUAAGCAGCAGAGGGAAGACAGACAGCCUGCACGGGGUGUACAGCGCCAACCGGACAGCCCGGAGGCUCCGGAGACAUGGCUGUCUCAGUGCCAGGGCAGACGGUUUGACCUCGCCUCUCCUGCAUGGCCCACCGUUGUCCUCAGUGGGCAGCACAGGCCUGGGGGCGGGAUGGGUCGGUCACCUUGUUGGUAACACCAUAGUUGUUUGUUCUUUUUUUAUUAUCCAAUGCUGAGGUUCUUUCUGUUCCCUUAAAUUUUCUUUUGGGCUUCCAGUCUUUGGGCCAAUUCUAAAAGUAAAACUGAUCUUGGAUCUCCUACUGCUGCCUCCCCGGGAAGGGCAGGGGUACUGCGCCAGCUAUGGGGACACCCAGGCCCGGCUUUCCAGCCGGUGUUUUUGCUGCCCAGCCUUUGGGUCAGAUGCGCAUUUUCCUCUGCCCAGGUCAUGUGUCCACUCUGGGUGGGCCUCAGACACAGUGGCAGUGACCCUUAGAGCCUCUUGCCACGAGCAGCCAUGGUGGCAGCGAGGGAGGUCAGGUGGCCCUGCCCCGGUGCCCUCAUCUGAUCACUCUUGGAAACCUGGCCUCAUCUCAUAUUCUACCCCAGUAUCCCCGCAAAUGUGCCCACCUUGGCAGGCUGUGCAUCCCCUUCCAGGGCUGGAAGGCACUGGCAGUGUAAGCACAGCCCCGUGGGAGGAGCAGGCCCUGCAGAACAUGAUCUGAUGGGGUCUUGGGCCAGGAGAAAGUCCUAGAGGUUGUCUCAGAGAUGGCAGGCAGCCCCAUCCCACACGGUAAGGUGGAAAGGAAGCCCUCUCCCAUUCCAUUCCUCCCAACCAGAAAACGCAGCGCGGAUGGACCUUGCGGGAGACCCCAGCCCAUUUCUGGCCUGGAGGAGGCAUGUACGCGUGGAGAAGGCGCCUGCUUGUAGAAGCCCAGAAUCUUCUGUAGGCAUCUUGUCUCUCACACCUGUGUGUGGGCUGUGUUGUGUGGUUUUCCUUUUUGAAGUAGGGAGGGAAACUAUUUGUAGCUUGUUUUAUAAAAAAUAAAAAUGGGUAAACCUUG